UGUUUAUAAAGCAGGAGCUUAGCAGCAACACACAGUUUAAUACAGCAGAUAACAGAGCUGAUACAAUACAGACCGCCAGACUUUUCCAUAAGAAGAACUCAUCAUGAGGUUACUUUUACUUUUUGCUGCCAUAAGUGCAGUAUCACAGGCCCAGACCGACUGCUCUCGGGGGGCUUGUUACCCACCCAGCGAUGACCUGCUCCUUGGCAGGGCUGACCAACUCCAUGCCACCUCAACCUGUGGCCUCACGGGCUCCGAGGUCUACUGCACCCCAUACCAACAGAGGAGGAUGAAGUGUUGUCCAUGUGACUCCAGGAAUCCAGACGGUCCACUGGCCCACACUGUCCAGGAAGUCCUGUCCACUUCUGCACCAAACAGAUGGUGGCAGUCCAGGAAAGAGGUGGAUCCAGUCACUCUCCAGUUGGACCUCGACAACCUUUUCCAGCUUGACAACCUGGUGCUCAACUUCAAGGGUCCUCGUCCCAAUGCCUUUGUUAUAGAGAAGACACUAGAUAAAGGCAAAACGUGGCAGCCUGCUCUCUACUUGGCUACAGACUGUGACAGAACUUUUCCUGGAGUUCCCACAGCGACACCCCUGACCCUAGACGAUACAUACUGCUACACACUGCCCCCUACUGGAGGAAACCCAUACCAAGACCACACAAUCCAGUUCAGUCCUUUGCGUCAGUAUGCUUACGUCCCAGCUACCAAAAGCCAAAAAAUUGAAGAUGUGUCUGCAAUAACGGGGCUGAGGGUGAAGAUGACGGAGCUUGGCGAUGUGCCACGUCUACCAGGCAGAGCUCUCAGUAGGUUUUUUGCCCUGAAGGAGAUGAAGGUGAUAGGCAGCUGUAUGUGCCAUGGACACGCCAACCGAUGCCUGCCAGAAACAUACAACAAUCCACUGCCCAACAGUAUACAGGUGAGUCCUCAGUGUGACUGCGAGCACAACACAGCAGGUAUGAACUGUGAGGUUUGUGCCGAUCUCUACAAUGAUCUGCCCUGGAGACCUGCAGAGGAGGGAAACACUCACACCUGCAAACGCUGUGAGUGUAACAACCACGCCCAGCGCUGUCACUUUGACCAGGUGGUGUAUGAGGCCAGUGGGCGGAAGAGUGGAGGUGUCUGUGAGGGUUGUUUACACCAUACAACAGGGCCAAAGUGUGACCAGUGUGCCCCAGGCUACCAGCCAAACCCUCGCAGCCGAAUGGACCGCCCUGAUGCCUGCAUACGCUGUACAUGCAGUGCUGAGGGGACAGUGAACGGGGGUCGGUGUGACGACAGCACAGGCUUGUGUCAAUGCAAAGUGAACGUUGAAGGUCCCCGCUGUGACCGCUGUAAGAGAGGCUACUACGACCUCAGUGCCUCCAACCCUCUGGGCUGCUCAAAGUGUUCCUGUUCACCAGACGGGUCACUGUCAGAUGCUUGUGACCCGCUUACCGGCCAGUGUCCCUGCCGUCCCCACUUCCACGGCCUGACGUGUGACGUGUGUUCAAAAGGCUACUGGCAACCACCCCUGUCAGGACGCUGCCAACCCUGCAACUGUGACCCCACCAGGUCAUACAGUGAUGCUUGUGAUCAGGUGACAGGUCAGUGUCCAUGCAGACGAGGCUUUGGAGGCCUAACAUGUAGCGGGUGCCCAGACAACACAUAUGGAGACUCUCUCUUAGGCUGCCGACAGUGUCAGUGUGAUAUUGAAGGAACACUUCCAGAAGUUUGCGACAAGAAGACAGGAGCCUGUUUGUGUCGGCCAGGUGUCAUUGGUACUCGCUGUGACACCUGCAGUAAAGGACACUGUGACUCCUUCCCUAGCUGCGAGAAAUGUCCCUCCUGCUUCUUCACCCUGGACGCCCAGAGACAGAACCUCAGCUCAGUUCUUGAGAGACUCUCCCCGAAAUUGCCUACUCGUCCUGGAGGUACUGGUGAUCUUGGAAACUUUGGACCUCGUAUCCGUGCCCUGGAGGCCAGCCUGAAACAGAUCCGGGACUCCAUCUCCCUUCCUCCCAGUACUGCCUCACAGGUCAAUGAUGCUCUGUCCCAACUGGACAAGCUCAGGGACCAGAUGGACAAAGUUAACGAUGACCUUCCACCCCUGGCAAAAACUCCUAAUCUGGACACAGAGCUGGACAAAAUGCAGGAUCUGCUGAACAGCCUCAAUAAAGAAUACAAAGCCAAGAAAGAUGCAAAGGACAACUCUGUUAGUUCAAACAAUACAGGAGCUAUUUCUGCAAUCAAGAACGCCUACGAUGAGUCCAAAGAUGCAGCUGACAAAGUAGAAGCGAGCAAAAAACCAGUGAAGGAAUCAGCUGACAUACGAGAAGAUACUUUGGACCUUCAAAAGCAAGUUCAGCCAGGCAACACCAGAGACCUGGAUAAACUGAACCAAAACAUGGCCUCCCGACCUGACCUCACUCCUGUUGCCAAACAGGUAUGUGGCAGUGUUCGCUCAAAGCCCUGCACCCCUCUCCAGUGUGAAGGUGGAGAUCUGUGUCCACCUCCUGGAACCCCACCUUGUAAAAAAGGUGAGAAGUGCGUGGGCGCCCUCCCUCUGAGCAAGAGGGCUGACGCUGAUGUUAAGGAUGUGAAGGACCGACUGGACAGUCUCGCUGGGAAGAUCACAGAGGCUGCAGAGAAGCUCCAGGAUACACAGGACACAACCAAUCAGGUGCGAAAGUCUGCAGAGAAACUGUCCAAUAAGAUGAAGCAGGCCAGAGAUGACCUAGAAGACGACUUGAAAGAGACGCGUGACGUUGUAAAAGACCUCAAAGAUUUCCUGACAGACCCAUCCUCCAACCUGACCCAGAUCCAGGAGGUGAGCGACUGGAUCCUGAAAGCCAAACUGCCUCUCAACCUUGCUGCUCUAAAGAGGAAGCUGGAGGAUCUGAAGAAUCUGGCAGCCAGUUUACCAGACAGCACUGCUGUGUUGAACAAUGCCGAGCCGCAACUGGAAACAGCCAAGAAACUGUUGAAGGAAGCCAAGGCUGCCAGGGAUAUGGCACUGGGAGUAAAGGACAACGUGGAUGACUUGGUGACAAACUUAACCACAACGGAGGACUCCCUCGCUGACCUGGAGGACAAACUGCAGGACAGCAUGGAUCUCAUAGACAACCUGAACAACAGUCUGACUAUGGCCAAAGACAAGCUAAGCCCAGCUGAGAAGGCUCUGGAUGAUGUUUCAACAGUGAUGAAGCCAAUAAAGCCUCAACUAGACGAGCUCAAAGACCUGCUGCAGGAUGCAAAGCAGGAAGCCCAGGAUGCACAGGACAAUGCAGACAAAGCUGAAGAUGAAGCAGAUGCAGCAGAAAAGGAACUGUUGUCCGUGGAGGACCUGCUAGACCGUCUCAAAGACGCGGCUCCAACUCCUGGGCCAGGUGGAGGCGCAGGGCCGGUGGGGGAUCGACUGGCGAAGCUGAAGGAUGAUGCUGGAGUUCUGGCCAACACCACUGAAAACAUGUUGAAGUCUCUGGAAGGUAAAGCUGAUACCCUUAGGACGCUGCAGGACGAGAUCCUUCAGAAGUCAACAAAGCUCGAAGGACUCGACACUAAGCUUAAAGACCUUUUGAAAGCACUUCGAAAGAAAGCCAGUGACCUCAGCACCUGUCAGGGCUAAAAGUCCCCAAGCUGCCCUCCGAGCAGCAUCUGCUGCUGCCAUCACUGCAGCACUUCAUACCAGCCUUCCACACCAUUUACACCUUCUACUGUCAAAAAAAGCUGUCACUUUACUAAGGGGAAUUCCUCACUAACUCUGGGACACUGCUAUACCAUAACACGACCAUAACAUAGAGAGGUGAAGCCCCCCCCCCCCCCCCUUUCGGUGGCCCUCAUGGGACCUUAAUUGGAAAAAACUAUGGAUGGUAGUCAACAGCGACAAGUCAGUUUAUUAACCCUUUUACACAUAUGAUGUUUGUCAAUGUAAAAGAUACUUGUGCAAGUCAAAAAAAGUUGCACUUUGUUGUAGGUUUGUCUUAGCAUUGCUGGAUUGGGUGUGAAACCAUUUAGUGAACUACAUUUCUCGACUCAUGGUCCAUACACAAAUGUAACAUUAUCUUACCAGAUGUAUUUUAUUCAGCGACUCCUGGCCUUUUUAUCAGCUGGGAGGCAAAAGAACGAGCAAGACCUGUUGCCUGUGUGAGUACAGCCCAGUACGAAGCACACAAGCAUUGUAGCUUCAAGAGAGGAAGUCUUAUGCUUCAAUAGUUUUAAAAUAAACUGUGACUUUCCUAACCUGCAAAAUUAUCUUAUUUAUCAACAAACAUCAUAUGUAUAUACAAUGCUGAUUUUUGGGAGUAAGGUCCUACGGAGGUCCAAUGUAAUGGGAUGGACUUCACCACUCUAUUGCACCUCUUCUCUGGCAGUUGUCAAAGAAUUGUGGGAAAUGUAGGAAGUCAUUAUCUGGGGUUGAAUGAGAUAGAAAGAGCGUUCAGGCUGAGGUAAACUUUUACUCUCCACCUGGAAUACACUGAGCAUUAAAGACUAGUUAUAACUGGGUCAAAGUAGGUGGGAGUGGGUGGGGGGUGGGGUUGUAUUGUGAUGUGUGUCUCAAUGUGUGUAUAAAUACAUUUUAAAAGUACCAAUAUUAUCACAUUGUAUGGCUACAUAUCGAUAUUUGGUCAAAAACAUUGUGUUAUUGUAAGUUUGUCAAUAUCAUUUUCAUCAUUGAGCAUUUUAUCUAGAAAAAUAUCACAGCCUUUGACUUUCUGACAGCAAACUUUUAUUUGUCAGCAGCAAUACACUCUACUGUGAACGUAACAUCACAGUUACUGCAUUUUUAGGACUGAAAAAGAGGGUGAAUGUUACAUUAUUUAUUUUCUGUUUUUCAUCUGUUGUUUGUGCAGAAUCCACAGUAUUUAAAUAAAAGCCCAUAAAUGA